GUGAGCUUUGAGGUGGACUACUCGGGACAGAAGGUGAUCAAGUCUGAAUGCAGAGUGCAGGCGGAAACAGCGACCUGUCUGACCAUGGAUCAGAAUGGGUUUGCGGCACAAGAAGUCGAGCCGACUGUGCCAAGCUUUGUACUUGUGACGUCCAGUGCACACGGCUUUGAGAUGACCGGCUCCGUGGGCUAUCUCUGCUGCUUGACUGCGGUUAGAGUCGCCUGCUACAAGGCUGGAGCAAGUGAUGAGGCCGACUACCCUGACAAGUUCCGGAAAUGCUUCGUGACCCACAACUAG